GGCGGGGCCGUGUAGCGGAGAAGCGGCUCCUCCUCCCUGCUUCCCUUGGCCGAGCCGGGGGCGCGCGCGCGCGCCGCCGUCUGGAGCGGGCUCCCCACCCUCGACUCCCGCGACCCGCACCGCACCCCCAGCCGGGCGCGGAGGAUGAUGAAGCUCAAGUCGAACCAGACCCGCACCUAUGACGGCGACGGCUACAAGAAGCGGGCCGCGUGCCUGUGUUUCCGCAGCGAGAGCGAGGAGGAGGUGCUACUUGUGAGCAGUAGUCGCCAUCCAGACCGAUGGAUUGUCCCUGGAGGAGGCAUGGAGCCUGAGGAGGAGCCGAGUGUGGCAGCUGUCCGUGAAGUCUGCGAGGAGGCUGGAGUAAAAGGGACAUUGGGAAGAUUAGUUGGAAUUUUUGAGAACCAGGAGAGGAAGCACAGAACGUAUGUCUAUGUGCUCAUUGUCACGGAAGUGCUGGAAGACUGGGAAGACUCAGUUAACAUUGGAAGGAAGAGGGAAUGGUUUAAAAUAGAAGACGCCAUACAAGUGCUGCAGUAUCACAAACCCGUGCAGGCCUCGUAUUUUGAAACGUUGAGGCAAGGCUACUCAGCCAACAAUGGCACCGCAGUGGUGGCUACCGCAUACUCAGUUUCUGCUCAGAGCUCGAUGCCAGGCAUCAGAUGACUGAAGACUUCCUGUAAGAGAAAUGGAAAUUGGAAACUAGACUGAAGUGCAGAUCUUCCCUCUCCCCCUUGCUCUUUUCACCUCUCCUCACAGGCCUCCUCUUUCAAAUAAGGCAUGAUGGGCAGCACAGAAACGGUUUAUUGAUAAUGUUGCUGUUUGGUGUUAAGUGAUGGGGCUUUUUCUUCUCUUUUUAUUGAGGGGGUGGGGGUUGGGUUGUAAUUUAUAAGAACUUUUGUGCAUGAUCUGUCACUCCAUUUUCACAUCUCUACAAUUCUCUAAAGAGAGGCAAACAGCCUUCCCUCUGCCUUGGAUUCUGAAGUGUUCCUGUUUGUCUCAUCCCAGCCCUGGCCAGACAUUUUUCUUUGAUUUUUAAUUUUUUUUAAUUAAAAGAUACCAAUAUGAGAUGAAACUUUUCAAGAAUUUGUCCUAUAAUGUGCUGUUCAGUCCAGUAGGUUGGUCACUUUUGCUGCAGGAUACAUUUAUCUACACAUUAUAUACUGGGCGUAUAAUUUGUAAAUGACUUUUAGAAGAGGAAUUUGUUUAAUUUUUCAAGGUUUCGUUUUGUAUUUUAAAUUUAGGCUGUUUCUGAAAUGGAGAGCCUCAUAAUUAAUUUGCUUUUUUGUUUUUGAUCCUAGUGACUAGGUAAGUUUCCCCAUCGUCUCUCUUUUCCCCAGUCAUGGACUGUAGUUUUGCAGGCUAUGGGAAGAGUUUAGCUACCUUCAUAGUGCUCUCAGGACUCAUGGCCUUCUCUUCUUGAAGCUAUGUUUCCAUGCCAAGAAAGAAACGUAUUUUCUUUUUUAUUACCAAGCCAGGAGCAAAUGGCCUCAGCUCAGAUCUGGAGAAACAAUGAUAGAAAUUGAAUUCCUCCCUACAUGUCGACAAUAGGGAUUUGAACUGGAUUCUUUGGAUUACUAUCUAAAAAACUGGAGCAUCGAGGACUGUUUCUAUCGUGCGGAUUUGGAAUUUUUUCCAUAAUGCUACUUAUUGCCGACAAUGGCCUCUCUCCUUGUGCAUACAUGCCUUACACCGUGCUGAACUGGGUAUUGUCCUUGUGCUCUGAAGCAUCCAACUGCACUUGGCAAGUGCCGCUGUACAAUCCUGUCCCCAUCCUGGGUAACCAUGUGAAGUUCCUGAAAAGUACACAGGAGGAAAAUUCACGUGUUUGCUUGUCUUUGUAAUGUUACAGCACUUGCAAUUGUACCAUGGCGCAUGCUCAGAAAUAUUAAAUUUGUCUCCCACUGGGA